AUGUCGGAUGCAACCGAAGCCAAACCAACUCCUUCCGCGACCCAGACUGCCUCGUCCGAACCCAGACUCGCCGAACAUGAGACCAAUCUAGUCAAGAACCCAUUGGGGGAUGCCUCAACCGAGGCUCCUGCAACCGAUGCCAAAUCUACCACCUAUACCGAAGCCGCUGCUAAUGCUGCCAGCAGCGCAGCCCAAUCCGCCACCGCUGCUGCAUCAGGUGUCAAAGAUUCUGUCUUCUCCAUGUUUGGGGGCGGCGCCAAGAAAGAAAAGAAGGCUGAAGAGGAAGAUGAUGCGAAGGAUGAGCCUAGCGGCGCUUCGAAAGCAAAGAAAGAUGAUGAUGAUGAGAAAGCUGAGGAGGAAGAGGUCGACGUUGAAUUCGAACCCGUUGUCCGCUUGACGGAGAAGGUCGAAACGAAGACCAAUGAGGAGGCGGAGGAACAAGUAUUCAAGAUGCGAGCAAAGCUGUUUAAGUUUGAUCGGGAAUCAAGAGAGUGGAAGGAGCGAGGCACUGGCGACGUCCGACUACUCAAGCACAAGGAGAAUGGCAAGACAAGACUGGUCAUGCGACGCGACAAGACUCUCAAGGUCUGCGCAAACCAUUACGUCACUCCUGAUAUGAAGCUCUCUCCCAACGUGGGCAGCGAUCGCAGCUGGGUGUGGAAUGUUGCCGCCGAUGUCAGCGAAGGCGAGCCUGAAGCUCAGACAUUGGCCAUUCGGUUUGGAAACAGCGAGAAUGCCAAUCUCUUCAAGGAGGCUUUCAUCAAGGCACAGCAGGAGAAUGAGGCCCUUUUCGAGAAACCAUAG